AUGUCAGUUAGACAACGCCGAUCCGACAAGCAAUCUGCAGAAGCAGAAAACAACAGUGUUAAUGGUGCUGAUGCUGCAUUGGCAGCAGCACUGCCUUCCUUAUCGAGACGUGCACUGUCUGGAACACUAAAAGGGGCAGCCAACUUGGCCAACAUGUUUCCGUCUGGAACCCUCUUGGUAUUUCAGAUUCUGAUUAAGGUUUUCACAAACUACGGAGUUUGUAACUCCGUUACACGCCUCACCACACUUGUACUCCUCUUCUUGUUUGCACUCUAUUGCUUCCUUGCAUGUUUCACCGAUACCGUCAAGGCAUCAGACGGAAAAAUCUACCAUGGCAUAGCAACCUUCAAGGGUCUGUGGCUAUUUGACUACUCACCGGUUGUUGACACAUCAAAGACAACAUUACCCGAUUUGACAAAGUAUAAGCUUAGUAUGAUCGACUUUGUUCAUGCAUUUUUGUCUCUGCAUGUCUUCUUUGCAGUUGCAUUGAGAAACGAUAAUGUGUUGACAUGUUAUUACCCGAAACCAGGACAUGAGACAAAGGAGGUUCUGGAUAUUGUUCCUUUUGGAAUUGGAUUUAUAUGCAGUUUGUUAUUUCUUGUUUUUCCUACAACCAGACGUGGGAUUGGCUACCCUCUUACACCUUAA